AUCAAAGGUAAAUUCAUGUUAGUUAUCUCACCAGAGAGCUUGUCAAACAACAUUUCUUUGUGUAGUUUAACAAACUAAAUUUUGAGAGUGUGAGUAUUAUUUCUCUUUUUGAAUUAAUAGAAAUUCUCCAUUUGUAAUUGUUCUUUCUGGCCUCAGUAGUGAAGGUGGUUGUCUUCCUAAAAAGCAGUGUCAUUUGUGCCAUUGGCACUGUGGGAGCCCAGUGACAGACUAUAAAUCGAUUUAUAGCCUGUUUAAAAGCAGGCAACAAAACCCAUGAACAUUAAUUUAAAAAUGGCUUCAGAUCGCUAUUCUUUUAUGAUUAACUGAAGUGGACUUCAACUUCCUUUGAGAUUUUAAUGUUAGCAUGAUAAAAUUCAUUACUUUUAACAAACUGACCCAUUUUCAAUGACAGUCUUUAUCCAGUACAUUGUACAUACGUGACACUAUACAGCAAGUGGAAGGUCACUUGAUUAAUCUUCGCUCCAAAGGUGUAAGUGGAUAUGAUGGUAUGCAAUAUAAAACCAAUACAUAUUGAUUAGCAUGACAGUGCUCAGCUUAAUAGAUGUUUCUUGAAAGGAAAGUAGAAAAAAAAAAUGGUACAGAAGGCCUCCUUUGCCCUCUCCUGUGGCGGUGAGGUAAAACAGGACCUAAGCAGAGUACUUCAUCAUGACUGGCUGUGGAGUAGCAACCCCUUCCCCAACCCGGCUCAAACAGUAUUGUUGGAGAAAAACCUCCAGUGAAGUCCAUACAGCCACACAUCCCCUGGACUUGCUGAGAUGCCCCAGAGUAUCCCAGUGCCAAGGUUAGGUAACUCUCCCACCCUGUGGUCAUGAGUCACUGCUUGGUGUACUUAGCUGUACUCCCAGAACCGGUUCCUUUGAGGCUAGUAAAAUGCUCCUACAAAACAGAGGUGAAUAUCCCUCUUAUUAGGGAGGAGGCAGCAUCAGCCAUGGGGGAUCAUGUGAAAUCGUUGGUCAGGCAACAAGGAAUGAACACAAACUGAGAGGGAGUAGAAGGAGCACACAGAUGAUGGGAAGGAAUCAGACACGUCAGUUGCAGUCACUUUCAGUACACCUACUUCUCAGUCAAUGAGAAUGUCUCGUUCUUGGUGAAUUUGCACAUCUCAGAGUCUGGAACUUCCUCUUAAGGUUUUGUUUUGUUAACAAAACCUAAUGAAGAUUGUAGUGAAGUAUCCUCUUGUACAGAGAGGAUUUCUGAUUAAGUCAUUGAGGCCAUACCAGUAAGAAACUGCUGGGAAAGAAAAUCGGGUUAUGUGUGCUUGGGCAGGUCCAGGGUGUGGUGACUGUAAAAGUUCUUCCUCCCGCAGCUAUUUGCUGGGGUCUCAGUUAGCAAACCUACGUCAAAAUGGGUAUCGGUUGAUGCUUAAUUUUAUUAGAAUGCUUGUGGCUUUUUUCCUUCCAAAUAACUAGAAUGUAAUAUAGUGGUGGAAACUGCCAUUAUUCCACGCGACCUCUAGCUGCUGACUGUUGUUCAUAUGCCUGUAUCACUGAGCUGAUCAAAGCCUUGUGAGUUUCACCGGAAACAUCACUUGUAUGUCUGAAAGUGCUGCUUAAUCAUAGGGGCUCACCUUUCAGGGCAGUAGCAGGCAGGUGAGCUUAUAGAAAUGGUCCAGUCAGUCACUUAAGCAUUAGGAGGCUCUGGGAAUCUUUUGCUGAAUAGAAGGAAGAAGGAGAAGGAUGAGAGAUGGAGUUUGAAAAUCAGGUGAGACUCUCAGCAGAACCCCAAUACAGCGAAACACAGAUUCCUCUGCCUCUAACUUCAAGGCUGUCUGAGCUUAAUAAAGCAGCGAAGCAAAUACGUUAUUUCAAUUACAGAAAACACCCUAGUCUUCAUUGAGAUGACUCAUGCACAGAGGGUUGAGUACAUGCUUAAAUGCUUUGCCGCGUUGUGAACUAGUUCCCAGUAAAAUGAUCUGAUUACUGCACACUCUUGUUUGAAAUUCCCAGAUCAUGAAGGUAGGUACUUCCAGUAAUGAAUAUCUACUCUUGAAGUGGCGUCCUGUGAGAUUUUUUUGCCUGUUAAACGUGGAUGAUGGGUUACUAAAAAUCUCGUUCUGUCUGUGUGGUAUCGUUGUGCUACUAUCAUGUGCUGCAUACUCUAAGCUUUUCUGCGUGUCUGUAGAACAUUUAAUCUGUUUUAGGUUUAUUUGGCCCAAGGAGAAAGAGAAACACACUUAGGUUUUGUUAUUGCAUCUCAUAGAACAGUCUCUUGAACACAGUGAACACAGUGACAGUUAUAUUUAAAUAUAAUUAGAUAUGGUGAACUUGCUUGAAAGCUCAGCUUUUGUAAAGACAUAUUUAUAAGCAUUCAGUUUGCUGGCACUUUCAUACCAAGUGUGUAUGACACAGACACAACUGCUUCUGCACUCUUAUACAAUUCUCAUUCAGAAUUUCAGCAAAAUCUUAUUGUUGCUGUUAAGUUGUAGUUGUGUUUUGCGGAAAUGUGUUUUACUCAAAAUUCUUCAAAACUCUCAUUGACUUCAUUCUGAUCUGCAUUUCUCUGUAUAAGGCUAAUAGUUAAAAUUUCUUUAGGUACUUCAGUUUCAGGAUGAGCAAUGAUGCGACAGAUCAAAGAACGUUGUUUCUGUGGAGACUUAAGUCUGCAAAGCUGAAGUGUUUCUUCAAUGCAUCAAAUCGUGCAUGUUAAUUUCUGUAACACUAUGGGACAGGGCACGUACCUGCAGUCUGCCCCUUGUGAAUUGUCGCUCAUUUUACUAAAAUGAUAUCCUUAGUUCUCUUUGGUAGCAAGGAUCCUGUAUAACUUGGCAAGAAAAAACAGAAGGAAUAUAGAGUGAGUUUUCAUAAAGUUGCCGAGAAGGUGGUUAUUCCUGUUCUACCUUUCCUUUCUGCAUUGAUUAAAGAACUGAAUUAAUUAUAUUUACACGUCACGUAAUAGACUUCUGCCCUGACCAAAUAUUCCAGGGGAAUCAUUCCUCCUGUCACAGUGGUGCAGAUGAGAUCUGCCUUGUUUCCUUGUUCCCUUCCCAGGACCCGCAACGUGACGGGAUGGUGAUGGAGCAACUGGAAAAUAAUUACAAAACAUGUAUCUGAGAAGAGGAUGAGGAAGUGAAAUCAGACAGGCUUGCCGCCCUGCGGGAAAGGGAAAAGAAUAAGUACAAAUCCCUGAGCAGAUGAUUAGUUUGACUGUGAAGAGCCACAGACGCUUUGUGCCCUGAUGGGGGACUCAGGAUCCAGACGAUCAACUCUAGUAUCUCGCUUGCCAAUAUUCAGGAGAAGCAUUAGCCGGAGACACGACUCCCUUCCUUCCUCACCUUCUUCUGCUAAUGCGAUUGGUGUCCACACAUCCUCCCCAUCCAGUACGAACUCCAGCUCGGGGAGCACAGGCAAGCGUCGGAGUAUUUUCCGCACUCCUUCCAUUAGCUUCCAUAACAGGAAAGGGAGUGAGCAGAAGCCUGACUCGGCUAGUCAAAAUGUUAAUGUCUCAAAUGGUGCCCAGUCAUCCCUUAGCACUUUUGAAAAAUUGAGCUUAGAGGAACAUAUUAAAAGCAGAGGAAGGCAUUCGGUUGGCUUUAGCAGCUCGCGUAGCAAGAAAAUAACAAGGUCUUUAACAGACGAUUUUGAAAAGGGAAAGGAGUCUUCGGCUAAUAAGAAUGUCUUUAUAAAUUGCAUAAGUUCUGGGAAGAAUGAGGGCGAUGAUUCAGGUUUUGCAGAGGAGCAGAGCCGAUACUCUGUCAAACAAUCCACACGAAAACUUCUCCCUAAAUCUUUCUCAUCACACUACAAAUUUUCCAAACCAGUUCCGGAGACUCAGUCAGUUCCUUCUGUGCAGCAGUCAAGGUGCUUGCUGGAAAUUAAAUCAUAUGUGGAAAGCGAACCUGUGAUCACCAACUCCUCUCCUCCAUGUUCAGCCGAGACAACAGAGUGCAUGGGAAGCUCCUUACAAUCUCCGCUGCUCUCGACUGACCUCACAGCUGCACAGACCCCCUCUGACUUUGUCGCCCUGACAGAGGAUUCUGUUUCAGAGGUUGACGCUCUGCCCAGCAAUGGGACCGGGGCACUGCUUACAGAGGAUUUUGGCCACAAUGUCUCUACCUCUCAGAUCAUCUUUAAUUCUGCUGCUGCUUCUGCGAGGGAAACAGACAUUGUGGAAAGUACUGGUCAUUCUGCUGGUGUAUCUCCUGUGAGUCGCACAAGCUCAUGUAGUAUUGAAUCUAAUACCUUAUUCAAAACCUCAGCUGCUAAUCAAACAAAAGUAUUGUUGCGAGCCAAUGAGCUACAUGUUAACAAUGCCAGGCGCACAGGAGAAAUUAACUUGGCAAAUGCACAUUUAGAAACCUUUGCCUUACAGCAUAGAGAAGGACCAGUGAUACUCUCUCCGAAGGCACAAGGAUUGAGAGGGGACAGAGAUGAAAGCACAUUGUCCCAGCACACGGGAGAGACUAUUCCUGUAAUGGAGUCUAAGAUUGUUUCAUGUUCUGAGCCUCAGUCCUUUAAAGCACAACAGGGUUAUGAAACAAACCGUUCUAAAGUUGAUCUUGCCAAUAGCUUCAGUCCAUACCGAGAAGGCAGAUUUGUUGAGAAACGACUGAGAUCCUCUUCAGAAGGUACUGCUGGAGGCAGCCGGCUGAUCAUAAAACCAAAGGAUGGAAAUACAGAAGAGCUUAACAGCCUACGGAAGCAGAGAGCAAGCUCAUCCUCUUCAAAAAUGAACAGCAUGGAUGUUUUGAAUAACUUGGGUUCCUGUGAGCUGGAUGAAGAUGACCUAAUGCUUGACUUGGAAUUCACUGAAGAACAUCACCACCAUCGUUCUGUUUGCCGGGAAGACUCAUACCAGUCAAUAGUCUCAUGCGCUGCUGUAGUACUUACCCCUGUAGAGCCGACAGUGGAUACAAGGAAAAAGGAACAGACAGUAAUGCCUGGUGUAUCUAAACAGAACCUAUCUCUGAAGCUGUCGAAGGAUGUAGACCAAGGAGAAGCCAGGUACCCUCAUGUUAGUCAGCUAGCUGGGAGUCCAUCUGUGGAGUGGCCUUUUACUGGUCUGGAAGAAGGUGGAGGCAUUGAAUCUUUGCCCUUCAGACUGAUGCUGCAAGAUUGUACAGCUGUAAAGACUUUGCUUCUGAAAAUGAAGAGGGUUCUUCAAGAGAGUACAGACAUGAGUCCAGCUAGUAGCACCACCUCACUCCCUGUUAGCCCUCUUCCUGAGGACCCAUUAUUUUUCAAGGAUGGAGUAAAAGAUGAAUGCUCAGUGCUGAAGCUGCAGCUGAAGGAGAGAGAUGAACUCAUAGCCCAACUUCGCGAGGAGCUGGAAAAGGCUCAGUGCUUUCAGAAGGCUCUUGCUUCCCAAGCAGAUAAAUCCACACAGACAGACCUUGUAGGCCAUGAUGCUACGUUUCCAAACAGAAUGGUGAACCAAAAUCUCAGCACAAGGGACAGAAAGUCAGCACAUACUCCCACCGAGGACCCUUUUAGAUACUCACCAGGCAACCAAGCAACGGCCUAUGAAAGCAAGAGCUGUCAGCUGUCCGGUUUGUGUCUGAGUAACCUCCUGAAAGAGAAGGAGAUCGUGGAAGUUAUCAAGCAUACUAGAGGCACAUAUGAAACCCUUGCUUCAGAAGUCACACAGAAUGGAUUGACCACCACAGCACCAAGUACAGCAAAGCCAGCAUCCAAGGCGGACAGCUACCCAAUUUUCUCAGGAGCUCCAAAAGACCAAACUGCUGUGCCUCGGCAGCAUACCACUUUCACAGGGAGACUCGGACAACCUCCAAGGGGACCCAUCUCUUUACACAUGUACAGCAGAAAAAAUGUAUUCCUUCACCACAAUUUACACACAGCAGAGCUACAGACUUUAGGUCAGCAAGAUGGGUAAUAAGGUGCUUGUAUUUUUGCCAUGGAAGGAGAGCUAAUUAAAGAGGGACGUGAGCUCACCUGCUAUCAGUCUUCAUUUUUCAUCUGCUGCUACUUUCACUUGAAAAAGAAUAAAGUAAAAAUUAAUGUUGUCUGUAGGUUCCAUACUUCCCCAUCUGGGACUGUGGCAAAAGGAUGAACUAGAUUGUUAAAUAACUGGAUUGAUUUGUCAUGCGAAAGGCACCAUGGGUAUGAUAAAUGGGACUAUUUGGCUGGCAUUGCUAGUCCAAUAUUGGCUACAUUUUAUUUAUUUUUUUUCUCUAUAAGCCGCUAUCAUUCCCUGAAGUUCUUGAAAGUGAUCUUAAAUAAUGCUGUGUCUGUUUAAUAAUGUUACUGUUAACGUAGAUGUGAGGAAUGAAUAGAUAAGUAAUUAGUAUACUCUCUUGAAUUUCAUAGAGACUAGGGAAAUAAGGAGUCAGAAAUCUUUGAGGACCCUCUUUUUACACUUUUUUUUUUUUUUAAAUACGAUGAAAUUUGCUGACUUGUAGAGGUAUGCUUCCUAUUAUAUGUAUUUUGUCAAUGCCUUACGCCAUAUGUAGAGGAAGUGACUGAUUUUCCUCUAACAGCAAUGUUCGUAGAGGGUUACCAGGUAUUUCAGUCACUACUUUGGUCCCAAAGGGAGAAUAUCAACUGGGUUCCUCAACCUUCCUUUCCUUCUCCCCACCUUUAUUUACCUACAUUGGUUUGAAUGUUUUUGUUCCGUGAGGACAUUUCCAGUUGCGAUGUUUGUGCUUUACAGGCACUAUAUCACUGACAACGCAAUGCGACAUUCUGUGCUGUGUAAUGCAUCACAUAGUUUCAUUACACUUCCAAAACAAAAAAAUGGGUGAAAGACUGAAGAGAACUUUGCUUAUUACCCAGUCCAAAUUACCCUUGUAAGCCGUAAUUUCUGUAGACUGUAUCAUCUGCACUUAAUGACCUGGUUUAUACCAACUGAGCGGGUUUGCUAAUCUUAAUGUAUUAGACACAAGUGAGAUGAAUCUAAUGCUACCCAACGUGCAGCCGGGAAUAUGAAAUUAUCUGAUCACACCAUAGAAGCUGUAGACAUGUCCGUAACAAAAGAUCCUGUUUUCCCUUCAAAAGGGCUUGAAGACAGGCAUCUCAGUCAAGUUACUCUAAACAUGUGGCAUAUACUAAACUUUACACUUAGUUUACAAACACUAUGAAGGAGGCUAAUCCAAAUGAUGAUAAGACAUAUAGUUAGUAGUUUAUGGAUAAUCUGGCUCGUGCAUGAAUAAUUAAGGCAGAUCUGAGACAAAUCACCUCUCUGUUUAACUGGUAAUUAAUAAUAGAAGACAAGAGUGCAACAACAUUUUCACAUAAAGAAACAAACCAGUGUCAUUUAACUGCAGUAGCAUAUAAUGAAAAAUGAAGGUUUUGUGGCCAUUAAACAUGCUGUAACCUUUACAAGGUAAGUCUCAUAGGGCAUAUGAAAUGAAUUAAUGAUACAAAUUUUACCUAAUGUUAAAUAUAUCUGGUUUACUACAAAAUAUUCAGAUAAUACAAGGAUUGAUUGGGUCACGAAAACAAGAGACUAUGUGCUCAGCAUGUAUUCUGCAAAGCCAUUUUAGCAGCCUGAACUUUCAGGAUUCUAUUUAUUGAGGAUUUUAACUUGGUUAGAGCAAAUUUUAUGACGUUAUCUGAUGUUGAAGAGAGUAGGUUUUGUCUAAAUAUUCUGUAGUGGUAAUUUUGGGUAGGCAGAGCUGGAUACAUAAGAAUCAAAAACAUUUGCCAAAUUUCUUCUUGUUUGUAUGUGUGUUGCUACUGCCAAAAUGGAAUGUGCAAAAAUUGAAAACACCACUUGACCAAAUUAACUGUGGGUAUUCAAGACUCCCAGUUCUGCAUUUAAACUCAUAACUUAAAGUCUACCAAAAAAAAUUAAAAUAAUAGGAACUUAAUUUUACUAUUCAGGAUCACGUCUUCAUCUGACCAAUCUCUUAAAGUCCUGGCAGACUGGAAGGACCAUUGGUCCUUACUAACAAUACGUUUCAGUCUUGCUCAAGAGCUGAUGUAUGCAAUUAUAUUUCAGAUCUGUAAAUAAAACAAAAGGUACUGUAAUCAAGAUUGUUUUUUCACAGGAUACAAAUGUACUAUAUUACAUUAAAAAAAAACCCAAACCAAAACCACUCUUCAAUUUCAACUUAUGUACUGUAUCUAUAGUUGUUUUUUUCCUGGAAAAAUGGACUUUUGGAUUACAUUUUAUUAAAAAAUAUACAUCUAUACAUUUCAGAAAGAACAUUUUUAAUGCUACUAUUUUCUUGGAGAAUCUUUUAUAAAGCUGAAACUUAAAAAAAACUGGAGAAAACAGUUGAAUUGAAGUGAGGGAUAUUUUUAAAAUGUCAUCUUGAAGCUGUUUUGUAUCAGAAUUUUCAACAUUGUUAUGUUCUUUGUAAUGCUAAGUGUAAAUCUCACCCAGGGAAGGGUAUUAGCCACAUGUUAAUGUACAGUACAGCAGUAACUGUAAAACGGAGGUCUUUUGUUUGAUCCUCUUGUGUAUAUAGUAAAUCAUAAAGAAACAGCAUGUGGACAUUCUUGCAGUGAAUUGAUUCCUUUGUACUAAAAAAUCUCUAGUUUUUUAAGAGUUUCAUGUAUAAAAUGAUUUAUACGUUUCUCCAAGGCUGUAAAUAUCCAAAGACAUGACACCAAGAGGAAAAGGCACUUAUUAUUUUUCCAUGGAUGUACAUGUUUUCCUUUUUUUUAUAUAUGUUUCUGUACAACAAAGCAUAACUGUGAAGUUUCUAGUAAAAAUUACUUCUUUUUACUUCCUUAUCUUUUAGUGUGAUAAAGGGCAUUUUCAGGAGGAGGAAAUCCCCAAAGAAAAGCUGUUUCCAUUUGAAGCAGUGUCCCAUUUUUGAAACAAUCAUUUGGCAAAAGAAACAGUAGAUCUGUGCCCUAAAUAUAUUUUUAGUAAUUUAAUAAAGCCACACCCAAAAUGAUAUAUCAUCUCUAGACUUUCAAGACAGGGUGAUCCUCUAUACAUAAAAUUAAACAGCCGGAAUACACUCCUUUUUUUUCCAGUCUAGACUGUUACAUUUAAUUUUGUCGCUUUUCAUUCCAAAAUAUGUACAUCCACAUAAAUGUUAGAAGGGCUUUCCAUAUGUGUCUUUUUUUCUGGAAAUAUGGAAAGAGAGUAUAUCCACACCAUGAUGUUCAUGUGUAAUUUGGAUAAGCAUUUGAAAGCUUAGCUAGGAUAUUCAUAUUUGUCCUACAAGUUCAUUGCAGUCACUGCCUAAAACCUGACAUUUUUCCUUUUCCUAAAAGUGAGUUUGGAAGCAGUGAUUUCUGUCCUUGCUGAUUCACUUAAUACUUUUAAAUACACAGUAUAUUUUGCAGACUAAUAAUACCAGGUUUUUUAAAAUUAGUACUGUAGCUUAUAUGGCAUAACUUGUGCCAUGUUUCCACCGACUUAAUUGGUAUAAUAUUGACUUCAAUUAGACUAGACUAAGCUAAGUCACCUGACAACUGGGAUUGUUGCUUUUAAUACAACUAGUCUUAGUUUAUGCGCAGGAGAUCUCUGAAUUUGGGUAUCUUUCCUGGUUUUCAUAAAAGAUGUAAAAAGAUUUGACCUAGCAAAAAAAUGCCAAUUCACAAUCUGUAGCCAAUGUACUUUUUGGGUUUUUUACUUUAAGUUCAAAAGCAAAAAAAAAAAAGAAGUCCCUGCAAAACUCUUUGUACAUCUACACAGGUCAUAAAUGAAGUCCAGUGGAGUAACAGUGACCUCUAACACUAGUAAAUACCUGGAGAAAAAUAUCCAAGGGAGUCCGCUCACAAAUGUUUGUAGUGGUUUGAAAGCAUCAGUUCUGUAUCUGAGCACAUUAACAAUAUAUGUCCUAUGGACUCUUUUCUUCCACACUCUCUCCUGAUAUUUUUUUUUCUGGAAGAGAAUUUGCUGUUUGAAGCUUCUUCCAGACAAAGUAGUCAGUAUAAAGUGAGAAAGUACAUUGAAAGUAGUGGCGGAGGUCUUCUCCCAGGCUUGAGAAACACAGCAUCAUUUCCAGGAUAUAUUUUAGUGUUCUCCAGUCAGCAAGAAGUUGGCAGAGAUGCCUCGGGAGAACGUACUCAAAGCGUGCAGAUCAUGACUGCCUUUAAAUGGAGUUUACUCUAACAUGUGCUGUGCAAGGCACUUCUAAGAGUAUUUUGAAAUUUCAGCAGCUGCAGGAAGUAUCUUGUUGAUAUUUAUGUUUUAAAGAAAAAAAUGCCAUGUGCUGUUUUUAACCUAAGAAACUCUAUUUGGAUCUUGCUUCCUUACUGAAGAUCUGUACAGGUUGUGAGAGCAUAUCCACUGUGAUGUGUAUGAUACUAACUCAUUAUAAUAUAAAAGAUAUGGGAUACCUGUCCCCUCUAAGGGGCUUGAGUUUUGCAGUGUAUUUUUAGUGCAGGGGAACUGUCUGGAUUUAAUUAACUUCUUCUUUAAGGAUCUUCUGUUAUUGUAAAGUUAAUGGUAAAGGAACUCACUUAUUGAAAUAUUUUGGAAAUGUUUGAUGGCCAGUUUUUUUAAAAAAAAAAUCCUUAAAAUAUUUCUCCACUUCUAACAAAAAGACAAGAAAAAAAGUAACUUUUAUCAGCAUAAAUUUCAUAUAAAUCUGAGAUUCUCAGUAACCACAGCUGUCAUUUGCAUUUUGUUCAGCUGUGACAUACUUUGGAGUUUCCAUUUGUGUAACCUUCAUUAUCAGCAAAUCCUAGAUAUGAGAGGGAGUAGGGAGGUUGUUGCCCUCAAUCCUGUAUUUGAAACACACAGGGAGGAUGUUGGUGAUUUUUACAAAAGUAAUCCUGGUCUUAUGAAAGCAAGGCAACAAUAAACCUACCUGAGGUCUCUGUAUGAUUCUCGGGGAUGGAAAAUCUAUUCAGACUGAUCUCAACUAUGAAAGAUUUGUGAGAAUCUCAUAUAUAUGACAAGUGUCACAUAUCUGUGGGGUUUCCAAAUCCAUAUAGAGGUUAUAAUGCAGAAAAUACUCCACGAAGAAGAUUUUUUUUCUGGUGAACACAUAUCUCUUUAUAUUUUGUAUUGUGACCCUUGCUGUGUCUCUCUGGACUUGAGAAACUUUCCCCCUAAGUCUGGACUUGUGCUGACUACACAAACAGGUUAUACCACAGUGCCACUUCUGCUUUAAAAAGGCUACACUGGAUUUUUUUUUUGUUAUAUUGGAUCAUUAAAAUAUUUAAUAUUUUCUCCCAGAACUGUUGUGCUGCUGCUAGAGUAGUAAGUGUAUGUUCAUGGAAGAAAAUUUGCUUCCUCUCUGAAGGCUCCAGCUCUGUUACUGAGUUGUGGUUAUAGCUGAUUUGCAUCUACUGAAAAAGGGCUCUCAAACUUACUUAUAUCCUAAGCACCUGUAUAAGCAAAUAUGUUGCAUGAUUGAGCUUGCUUUUAUCACACUGAAAAAGCUCUAAUAAGGUAGUUUUUAAAGGUAUAAGGGCAUCAACAGUAGUAGCAGAAUUUUAAUUUAUUUUUAUUUUUCCAUUUUAUCACUGCGGUCAUUAUAUGAGGUCUUAGUAUGAACUACAGACUACCUAAUCUUAGUUUUAUCAGAGUUCAGAAUUCUCUGCUUAACUUUAAAUGUGUACAAUCCCAUCAAAGUGAAACAAUCAAAUUCCACUUCAUUGAAAAGUUGACAAAUAAUAUUUAUUCUAACACAAGCAAUGUAAUUCGUAUUUAUUGUUUGAAAGGUACGAUGUAUAAAAAGUAUUUUUACUUAUAUCUACAUAUAAAUACUCUUCAAAACUUCAGAUAAGUAGAAAAGAUAAGAAACAGCCCUCCUACUCAAGUCCCUUGUCCAGCUAUAAUAUCAGACCAUUAAUUUUUCUAAACCAUUAAUUUUUUAAAAAAAUCUAUAUAUUUUUUCACAUGGUUGAGAAUGUGAAAAAAAUUAAAAUGAUUUGUACAUACUCUACAGAUUUUGUGUAGGGAUGAUCAAUAUUAAAAGGAGACUAUAAGCAAUAGAAGUCCUUAAUCAGUGAUGCAUCUGAUGUUUAAGCAAAAGGAUCAACAGUCUAUAAAAUAUAAUCUGUGUAAGUGGAGAACAGAUGUUUUUGUAGCUGGGAAAAAUCUAAUAGAAGGGUAAAGGGUGACAGAUUGACAGCUCUUUUUCUAUUCCAGGGUGGUGAUACGUAGCCAUUUUCUGUGAAAUGCACUGAAAUAAUAUUUAUAAAAUAAAUCUCUUGGAAUAACAAGAAAUGAGAUAAAAUGAUCACAAAGAAUGGAUAAGGGUACUUCAAUUUUUUGAUCAAACAGCACCUGUGUGAAUUUACAUCUUUUUAUUACCAGGGUGUUAUCUUUAUCUGAAGGAUAAGUGUAAGCAGAACAACAUAAUUGCAUUGUAACACAGAAACAAUUUUGACAAAAAAAAAAGAUUGUAUCCCUAAAGCCUUGCACUUUGUGUAGUCAUUUUCUAUCUGAGGUAGGUUUGUAUAAUUGUAUUUCAUGCAACCAUGGUAAUGCCCCUGCGCUAGAUAUCAGUGUACUUUAAACAACAAGGAAACUUUGAAGAGAGUCAUGACUUGGACCCUACAUUGAGAGCUACAUUUAGUUAAUAGCGUCAUGAUAUUGGUUUUUGCUUUCUGAGGAAGGACCAUGAUUUCCAUGAGAAAGCUUUUACAAAAAUAUCUCCACAGUUUGGACUAUUUGAAAGUCAAACUGGUCUGGGGAGAAUUAGAAUUAGGCAAAAUGGGAGUGUUUUCAAAAAUUGUACAUGUUCUUUAAUAUUGCCAAUACCCAUUAGAGAGCUUUAGAGUUUUCUUUUUAAUGGAAGUAUUUGCUUUAUGUAUUUAAAUUUGGACAUUAUAUCUGAUAAUUUUCUUAUGGUGCACUUUUUUUAUGGGUAUCUUGCUGUUCAGGGUGGUAUUUUUUUAAAAUACUGACUAUAAAAAUUGAAGGACUAAUAAGACACUGAUUUUUGUAUUAUAUGCUGCUAAGCAUUCAUUUAUUUUCAAUCAUAGUACACUACAAGGCCAGUUGCUAUAUACUAUUAAAAACAAUUUUUAAAAUAUAAUUGGCAAUACCAUACAGAUUACUUGAAUUAGAGGCUUUAAAAGAGUAACAAAAAUGAGAAUAGGAGGAAAAUACUCACUAUUGAAUCCAUUGAGGAUUAAGCAUAAAUAAUGCAUUGUUGAAGAGUAUUGAAAAGAGUGCAGUUCUGCAUAAGGCAAUGGAAAGCAUUUUCAAUGAACGUACUCCUGUCCAAGUUUUAACGUUAGUUGUUUAGAUGGUAACCUAAAUUUAAUAAGAAACAAAUGAGAAUAUUUUUUGUAAGAAGUAGCACUCUUAAAAAGGCAACUUAAAAAUCAACUUGGAGCAGAAUUUACAAAAAUAAAGAUAUUUACCCCAAGGUACCUAACUUACCAUUUUAUGGGAAGUUAUGUUAUGUUCUGAAAAAAAAGCUAUAAAAUAUAUCCAAGAUCUGACUGGACAAGUUCAUUGGUGAUUUUCGUGUUUUUACCCUACAAAGCCAUAAAUGAGUUAAAUUUUUAUUAUUUAACAGCAAAUAUUAAUUAAUAUUUAAAAAUGUUCAAGCCACAAUCCUAAUCUUUGAUUUUAGUAUCACAGUACCCCAUAUCCUUUGAUUAUUUCCCUUUAUAUUAUUUUUUUAAUUGUUUUGAGGUUUUGUAACUUAUAUUCAAGAAAACCUUGAUUCAGUCUUAGUGCACUGUCUGAGAAAAAUACAUAGCCUUUGGAUACAAACAUGGUUGUCUCUGAAGAAUGUCAAGCAGCAUUCUGGUUUUUUAAAUCGGAUAACUGGGUAUAUAAUUUUUGUGGGUUACUUUGAAGAGUUAUGGCAGUUCAUAAAACAGUACUAUGGGAUUCCAUUGUUAUUAUUUAAUGGAUGUUUGUUCCUAUUUCUAGUUGGUGUUAUUUUUGCUUUUAUGUUUGAUGCGGGAAAAAGAUUAUUUUUUAAUAUUUAUAUGGAAGUUUAAUUUUAAACUUUACUGUAGAGUUCACAUUCAGACAUUUCCAUAUUUGAAGUGAACAUAAAGGGCUCUUAGAGAUUUUCUUUCCUUUCUGCCAAAAAAGAAAUGGUUAAUAAAAAUCCUAUGUUAUUCUAUGAUGAGCCUGUGUUGUUUUGUUUCAUUGCAAUAUCUUACAUUUCUUUGGCUCUUCGUCAUGCUAUUAUUGGAGAAAUUCAAGGUGCACUUCAGUAAGCACAGAUACUUUUAUGUCUUAAGGCUGUUAUCAAUCUGUCACAAUCAAAAGGCAUAUUACUUUUUCUUAGGUUCUUUAAUCACUUCACGAGAAUUGUAGGUUGAAGCUAUUUGAUUAGAUACUGUGCUAAUAAUUAAGUGAGAACAUCUCUUCAGAUCAUUUAAUAUCAAAAUGGUAUGUGCAAAAAUUAUACUGUGUUGCAGGGAACAAAAAUAAUCCAUUCAGCCUUGGUA